GUUUCCCCAUUGAACAGGAUUUAUAAGCGUAGCAGAGCUCAGUCACAAUCAUAGCAAAACGAGAAGCAACAGGACAUCAUCGCCUUCAUCAUCUUCCACCAACAGCAUCAUGAAGACUCUCUGCCUGUCCGUAGGAAUGCUGCUGCUCAUCGCCUGCUGCUGCGACGCCAUGCCUCAGGGAGUACAGUUCAACACAGGUCCUGUAACCUGUUGUGACCAAUUCAGCAACAACAGAGUACCAGCAAAAAGGAUUGUGGACAUAACAAAGACCCACAGCUCCUGCAUAAAACAAGGAUUCAUAGUAGAGACUGUGAAGGGACGACUGAUCUGCUUCAGAUCGUCCACUGGGUGGGUUGAGGAGGCUUACAAUCGACUGAUCAACUCUGAAGGCAGCGGCCAGCAAAAAUGAAGAUCCUGAACUGUAUUUAUGUGCAAUGCAUUAUGGAAAUGCCUGUUGUUUUUGGAAUAAAUAAGCUUUAAUUUGUUUUGUAUUUAAAUAAACUUCAACAAGUGAAUGCUCAGA